AUGACAAUGAAACGAACUUCAUCUACUAAAAAUAGUAUUAAAAAAAAACCAAAAAUAUCAAGUACUGAAGAUUCAAUUGAUUAUACUAAAUCAUUAACAUCUGAAGAUGCUGAGACAGUUGAAUCUGGAUUCCAAGAAUUAGAUAUUGCUGAAAACCCUGGAAAACUAAAAACUGAAAAAAAAAAAACUAAAGCCAUCAAGAAAACAGUAACAAUAACUGAUAAAGAGAAUAAAUCAUCUAAGAUAACAGUAUCAAAAACUGAUAAUGAGAAUAAAACAUCUAAGAAAACUAAAGGAAAAUCUAAUACUACAAAUGAAGAAAAGCCUACUGAAAAACCAAAUUGGAAAGAGUUUAAAAAAGAAAAGCAAGAGCUUCGGCUUAAACGUAAAACACAAAAAUGCCCAUUUUAUGAAGCUGUUGUAAAAGCUAAAAAACUUUGGGAAAGUGUGCGUCGUGAUGAUUGUCCUAAGGAAAAAAAGGAAACCCUAUUGAAUGAACUUUUUAAAUUCUCUAAAUCACAUUUAGAAACAAUGGUUUUUUCACAUGACACUGCUCGUAUAGUUCAAUGGAUGUUGAAACUAGGAACACCAGAAAUUCGUUCACAAGUCAUAAAUGAGCUAAUAAAACAUGUUCCAAAAAUGUUACUUUCCAAGUAUGCAUGCUUAUGUGUUAAAAAUAUGCUGAAACAAGGUGAUGCAGAACAGCGUAAAAUCAUAAUUAAUUCUCUCAAGGGAAAAAUUUAUACAUUUACAUUACAUACUAACUCUGCUAAGAUCAUGGAUUUGAUUUAUACAACUUAUGCAACACAGGAACAACAGAAUGCAAUGAUGCAUGAAUUAUAUGGUGCAUCUAGUAUUUUAUGCGAUUCACCCAAUGUAUUAUCAUUUGCUGAAGUAUUGAAGAAUUCACCAAACACAAAAGACAUUAUACUUGCAAAGACAAAAGAUCACAUUAGAAAAUUUGUUUUAAAGCAAAAGACUUCCAUGCAGACAACAUUAGUUCAUAAUUUAAUAUAUGAAUACAUUUUAUAUACUGGUGGAAAGAAUUGUGAUGAACUAUUUACUUCACUUAAAGAAUUCCCAAUUGAACUAUUUUAUACAUCCAAAAGUGGUUGUCACCUUGCUAUGUACAUUAUAUGGUCUGCGAACUCUAAGGAAAAAAAGGCUAUAUUGAAACAAAUCAAGACUACUGCUUCUACUCGUGAUUUGGCCACAUCAGAAUAUGGAUAUUUAAUUUUAUUAGCUCUUUUCGACUCUGUUGAUGAUACAGUUCUUGUAAAAAAGACGAUUAUUCCUGAAAUUUUAAAAAAUAUUGAUACAAUUGCAACUGAUGAAUAUGGCCGUAGGGUUAUAUUAUCAUUGGUAGCUUGGAGAGAUUCUUCAUAUUUCCAUCCUCGAGAUAUUGAAUUGUUAAAAAAAGGAGAAUCAAUUAAAGAAUGCAAAAAAGAUGACGAUGUGCGAGUAAAAGAACUCUUGAACGCAGUUUCUGACCGUUUUCUACAGCACGUUCAAGAUAAUCCAAACUUCUGGUUAAGUAACGGGUCAAUUGCAAUGGUGUUACUAGGAAUCCUGAAAUCAGGCAGUGGAGACAAAUUGAAAGAAGCUAUGACAUCAGUAGCCAACUAUCUAAUUGAUCCCAACAAUAAAGUAGAGGAUAAAGAUGUAAAAGUUCCUGUAUACGAACACUCCGGUCUUCAUAUGGUGUUGAGAAAGAUAAUAGGUCAUGAUAAGAUUCUAGUGAAAAAUAAUGAAACUACAUUUUCUGAAAUAUUGUCAUCUAUUAUUACUGCUGACACCUUAGAAUCAUGGAUUCAAUGUAACCGUGCCUGUUUUUUGCUUAUUGCAAUGAUUGAAUCAGAUGUCCAGUUGGCUGUAGAAAAUAUAAAGUCAUCAAUUUCAACAAAAAUGAUUAAUUUGUUAAAGAAACAAAAAUUUUCUGGUGCUAAAAUUCUAGUGACCAAAUUAAACCCCGAAGCUUCCGUCAAAAAUUAA